GUGAUAGUGUGUUGGUUUUUUUAAUUGUUUUUUAAAGAGCUUAUAAUAAAAUAUAAAAUGCAAUGAUUUAUUGUGAAAAGUAAAUGGCAAUUAAAUAUCAGUGCCAGUUGCUUUUCUAUUGUAAAAAAAUAGAUUGAAAUUAAUUUUCUUUUAAAUAUAUAUAAAUGAAGUUUUACCUUUAAUUAAGUUGUACCGAACGAGUGAAUAAUUACGGACAAUAUGUCACAGUAUAUGACUGGUGAUAUGGGUUCUUAUCCAAUGUGGGAUAGCUCUGUACUUUAUCCAACACCAUCGCAGUCUCAUCCUCAUGUUAAUGACCAUGUCAAUGGACUAUAUCGUCAACCUUGUGCUCUUUUACACCAGAGCCGGUACUCGCCAAAUGCACGACUACCAAAUCAGCCAACAUCUACAACAAAAAAACCAAGACGUCGAGUUGCAUCAGUAUCACAAAGAAGAGCUGCAAAUAUUCGUGAAAGAAGAAGAAUGUUUAAUCUCAAUGAAGCAUUUGAUAAACUUCGUAAAAAAGUACCAACUUUUGCAUAUGAAAAAAGAUUAUCAAGAAUUGAAACUCUUAGACUUGCUAUAACUUAUAUUGCAUUUAUGGGAGAACUACUUGGAAUUGAUGGAAGUAAUCCAAAAACUGAUUACAUUUCACGAGAAUACUAUUUACCCAAUUAAUUAAUAUCACUCGUAUAUAUCAAUUAUAUAAUAAUUAAAUUAUUUAAAAUAAAAAAUCAUGUCUUCCAAUAUUAAAAUCUAUAUAGUCAAAAUGUAUACAUUGGAAUUGUAUAUCUUAAUCUUAAUAAUAAUAAAAAUGUGUGUGAUGUAUCAUUGUCUUCCAGUUAUAAUUAAA